AUGGCGCACCACAAGGUCCUCGUCGCCAACCGAGGCGAGAUCUCAAGUAGAAUCGUUACAGCGGCUGGAGAAGUGGGCAUGUCGACGAUGGUCAUUUAUUCCGAGCAGGACCGUCUGGCUGGUUAUCUCCAAAGGGCCGACGCCUGCUUUCAGAUUGGCGAAUCUGGCGAUUUGGGCCCAUUGGAGGCGUAUCUGGACGGUGCCCGCAUCGUGAACAUUGCAAAGCAGCACCAUGCUGAUCUGGUUCAUCCAGGCUAUGGUUUUCUCUCUGAGAAUGUCGAGUUUGCGGCCCAGGUGCGCGAAGCGGGCCUCACAUUCGUCGGACCGCCUACAGAAAUCAUCAGGAAAAUGGGCGACAAGGUAGCGGCUCGACAGAUUGCUCAGAGUCUUGACAUCCCAACCAUCCCGGGCACCAAUGGCCCAUUGAAGGACCUGCUAGAGGCGUACGAGUUUGCAGAGGAACACGGAUAUCCCGUCGUCGUCAAGGCCAAUUUCGGAGGCGGUGGCCGGGGAAUGCGAGUAAUCCGUCGGAAGGAAGAUAUCGAAGAAGCCAUUGCCGCCAGUCAAUCAGAAGCUCGCGCAGCGUUCGGAAACGGCGCCGUCUACAUGGAACGUUAUCUGUGUCGCCCAAAGCAUAUCGAGCGCAAUCACCAGAAAAUCAUUGAAUUUGCGCCGGCCGCCAACAUUUCGCCUGCCGUGCGGCGGGGCGUUCUGGAUGCUGCCAUUCGGUUGGCAAAGGGAAUAAACUAUGCAACUGUAGAGAAUGCCGGGACCGUCGAAUUCCUAGUCGAGGGCGAACAGCUCUACUUCAUUGAGAUGAACCCUCGCAUUCAAGUCGAGCAUACGGUCACGGAAGAAAUCACUGGAAUCGACAUUGUCAGUGCGCAGCUGCGAAUUGCCUGCGGAGCCACGCUCAAAGAGUUGGGCUUAGCUCAAGACAAGAUUCAUCGCACCGGGUUCGCCGUCCAGUGUCGUGUCAACACGGAAAUUCCCUCACAGGGGUUCCGCCCCGAUUCUGGCACAAUCCGGGGAUGUCGCCUGCCAACCGGCAGAGGCGUGCGCCUUGACCACAGCGAAUGCUUCCUGGGCGCGAGCAUCAGCCCAUACUACGAUUCGCUUCUGGUCAAAUGCAUAUGCUCUGGCGCUGACAUGGCAUCCACUGUGAAACGAGCGAUACGUGCCCUCAAAGAGUUUCAGAUUCUUGGCGUUCAAACCAACAUUGCAUUUCUGGUUCGCCUACUCGAAGAUCCAACGUUUGCCAAGGGCAACUGCUGGACCUCAUUUGUCGAAACCAAGUUCAAGGACAAACGAAACCACCCGGGCUCAGGCGAGAUAUAG